GGGGUGCAUGACGGCCGCCGCGCUCCUCUAAUAUCACUUGUUUUGAAUAACGUAACUUGGUGUUUUUGACGAGUUGACGUGUUUAGAAGCGUCCAAACAUAAGGAAGGCAGGAAGAGGUCAUAAAUGGAAUAAUUGACCAGGAAAGGAAUUCAUUUAUAGCCGCAGAGUAGUGAGAGGGCUUAGGACAGGCACUUCCCAUCAGCCCACCGCCCCACCAGCUCAGCCACCAUGGAGGACGGCCACUUCUAUCCCUUCGAAGAGGUUUGCAGCCGAUUCGGGGUCAAGACCGAGACAGGCCUUACCGACAGCCAAGUGAAGGACCACCAGGCAAAAUAUGGACCCAACGAACUCCCAGCCGAGGAAGGAAAGUCACUCCUUACCCUGAUUCUUGAGCAAUUUGACGAUCUCCUAGUAAAGAUUCUGCUGCUGGCCGCCAUCAUCUCUUUUGUGUUGGCGUGCUUUGAGGAAGGAGAGGAAACAGUUACGGCCUUCGUGGAACCUUUCGUUAUCCUGCUUAUCCUUAUCGCGAAUGCCAUCGUAGGAGUAUGGCAGGAAAGGAACGCGGAGUCUGCCAUCGAGGCCCUGAAGGAAUAUGAGCCAGAGAUGGGCAAAGUGAUCCGCGCCAACAAGGCCGGUGUGCAGAAGAUUAGAGCCAGGGAGAUUGUGCCCGGCGAUGUUGUGGAAGUGUCUGUGGGUGACAAGAUCCCAGCUGACCUUCGCCUCAUCAAGAUUUACUCCACCACUCUCCGCAUUGACCAGUCCAUCCUUACCGGCGAGUCUGUGUCUGUUAUCAAGCACACUGACGCUAUUCCAGACCCCAAGGCUGUCAACCAGGAUAAGAAGAACAUCCUUUUCUCUGGUACCAAUGUUGCUGCUGGCAAGGCCCGUGGUGUUGUCGUCGGCACUGGCCUCAACACUGCCAUUGGUAAGAUCCGUACCCAGAUGGCUGAGACUGAGGAGAUCAAGACACCACUGCAGCAGAAGCUGGAUGAGUUUGGUGAGCAGCUGUCCAAGGUGAUCUCCAUCAUCUGUGUGGCUGUGUGGGCCAUCAACAUCGGCCACUUCAACGACCCGGCCCACGGCGGCUCCUGGAUCAAGGGUGCCAUCUACUACUUCAAGAUUGCUGUGGCCCUGGCUGUGGCUGCCAUCCCUGAGGGUCUGCCAGCUGUCAUCACCACCUGCCUGGCCCUGGGCACACGCCGCAUGGCCAAGAAGAACGCCAUCGUGAGGUCCCUGCCCUCCGUGGAGACCCUGGGCUGCACCUCCGUCAUCUGCUCCGACAAGACCGGCACCCUCACCACCAACAUGAUGUCCGUGUCCCGCAUGUUCAUCAUGGACAAGGUGGAGGGCAACGACUGCAGCCUGCUGGAGUUUGAGAUCACCGGCUCCACCUACGAGCCCAUCGGUGACGUGUACUUCAAGGGAGCCAAGGUGAAGGGCGCUGACUAUGAGGGCCUGCAGGAGCUGGCCACCAUCUCCAUCAUGUGCAACGACUCCUCCAUUGACUUCAACGAGUUCAAGAACAUGUUUGAGAAGGUCGGCGAGGCCACCGAGACGGCCCUCAUCGUGCUGGGUGAGAAGAUCAACCCCUACAACAUGUCCAAGAUCGGCCUGGACCGCCGCUCCACCGCCAUCGUGGCCCGCCAGGACAUGGAGACCAAGUGGAAGAAGGAGUUCACUCUGGAGUUCUCCCGUGACCGCAAGUCCAUGUCAUCAUUCUGCACCCCAAUCAAGCCCACCCGCCUGGGCAGCGGCCCCAAGAUGUUCUGCAAGGGUGCCCCUGAGGGCGUGCUGGACCGCUGCACCCACGUGCGUGUCGGCACUCAGAAGGUGCCACUCACUGCCGGCGUGAAGGACAAGAUCCUGGCCGUCACCAGGGACUACGGCUGCGGCCGCGACACCCUGCGUUGCCUGGCCCUGGCCACCCUGGACAACCCCCCCAAGCCUGAGGACAUGGACCUGGGAGAGUCCAACAAGUUCUACACCUACGAGGUGAACAUGACCUUUGUGGGCGUGGUGGGCAUGCUGGACCCCCCCAGGACUGAGGUGAAGGACUCCAUCCAGCGGUGCCGUGACGCCGGUAUUCGUGUCAUUGUCAUCACUGGCGACAACAAGGCCACUGCUGAGGCUAUCUGCCGCCGCAUCGGUGUGUUCAGCGAGAAUGAGGAUACCUUCGGCUUGUCCUACGCCGGCAGGGAGUUUGAUGAGCUGUCCCCUGCAGAGCAGCAGGAGGCCUGCAUGCGUGCCCGACUCUUCUCCCGUGUGGAGCCCUUCCACAAGUCCAAGAUUGUGGAGUACCUGCAGAACAAGAACGAGAUCUCUGCCAUGACUGGUGAUGGUGUGAAUGAUGCGCCAGCCCUGAAGAAGGCUGAGAUCGGCAUUGCCAUGGGUUCCGGCACAGCCGUGGCCAAGUCUGCCUCUGAGAUGGUGCUGGCUGACGACAACUUCUCAUCCAUCGUGGCGGCAGUGGAGGAGGGCCGUGCCAUCUACAACAACAUGAAGCAGUUCAUCCGUUACCUCAUCUCCUCAAACAUUGGUGAGGUGGUCUCCAUCUUCCUGACGGCCGCCCUGGGCCUGCCCGAGGCGCUCAUCCCCGUGCAGCUGCUGUGGGUGAACCUGGUGACUGACGGUCUGCCCGCCACCGCCCUGGGCUUCAACCCCCCUGACCUGGACAUCAUGGAGAAGCCCCCCAGGAAGUCUGAUGAGUCCCUCAUCUCCGGCUGGCUGUUCUUCCGCUACAUGGCCAUCGGUGGCUAUGUGGGCGCCGCCACUGUGUUCGCUGCCUCCUGGUGGUUCAUGUAUGACCCCACCGGCCCACAGCUCAACUACUACCAGCUGUCCCACCACCUCUCCUGCCUGGGUGACACCGAGAACUUCGAGGGCCUGGACUGUGGCAUCUUCAGCCACCCGGCCCCCAUGACCAUGGCCCUGUCUGUCCUUGUCACCAUCGAGAUGCUCAACGCCCUCAACAGCUUGUCUGAGAACCAGUCCCUGAUGGUGAUGCCUCCCUGGGUCAACUUCUGGCUGCUGGCAGCUAUGGCCCUCUCCAUGACUCUUCACUUCAUCAUCCUCUAUGUUGACAUUCUCAGCACUGUGUUCCAGGUAAUGCCUCUGACGGGACACCAGUGGCUAGCGGUGUUGAAGAUUUCCCUGCCAGUGCUACUGCUGGACGAGAGCCUGAAGUUCCUGGCACGUAACUACACUGAUGGUGAGACAACCUCCCUCUUGCGUUGCCACUGGAUUGUCGUGGCUUGGGCGAUUUACUUCACCUACAUCAAGAUUGACCCUUUCUAACCUGCCUUUCGAUUUCUCGGUUCCCCGUUCCACCCUUCUCGUCCUGCCCUGUGCCGCGCCUCUUCCCUCUCGUCCCCAUCCCUCCCUGCCCCGCCCGUGUGUUGAGUUGAUAAGAAGCUGUUUGGUCUGGGUGGGUGUUUUUAAAGCGGUUUUGACAGAGAGAGAGAGAGAGAGAGAGAGAGUGUGUGUGUGUGUGUGUGUGUGUGUAGGGUCAGAAAACAACAGUGCUCAAUUUCUAAGUUGCCUGUUGCCUUUCUACUGCUGCCAUGCUGUUCAUUAUUGCUUUCUGGGUGUGUGUGUGUGUGUGUGUGUGCGUGUGUGUGUGUGUACAGUGCCUAUGGUGUGUGGCGUGGCAAGGCAUACAGAUGUGCUGUGAAUUGCAAACGCACAUGGUUUCUGUGAUGUGCGCAGGGAAACGCAUACAUGUGUGUAUGUGCAUAUGUGUGUAUGUAUGUGUGUGCGCCGGAAGACAAACAAUCGUCCGGUAGAUUCGAACUAAAACGCAGAUGGAAAACGGUGACACGACUCAAGAAACUCGAACAAAAAAGUCGUUCGAUUAGUGACACUCUGAAAAAGUCUUUGGCCAUGUUCAGAAACACUUUGUUCUCUCACCAAGACAAUUUUCCAAGGCCAUCGAGACAACUGCGCCAGGAUUUCAAGACAGUUUCUCCUUUUAAUCAACUAGAAAUCUUAAAAAUCCUUUAUUCCUGCACUAUGACAAGUUUGCAAGGCCAUCGAGACAACUAGAUGGGAUUUCAAGGCAGUUUUCUUCCCUUAAUACACCUGAAAUCUUGCAAACUAUCACCAGAACCUUAAAAAUACCCUCAAAACCACAACUAGCUGGUAUUUUAAGGCAAUUUCCUUCCCUUAAUACACCAGAACCUUAAAAAUACCCAAAAAACCACAACUAUCUGGGAUUUUAAGGCAGUUUCCUCACGUUAAUACAUCAUAACCUUAAAAAUACCUUCAAAACCACAACUAGCUGGGAUUUUAAGGCAGUUUCCUCCCCUUAACACAUCAGAAAUCUUGCCAAUCUGUCACCAGAACCUUAAAAAACACGAGUUUCUACAAAUGGAGCCUUGGAAAGAAGUGACUGAGAGAGCAAAAUGUCAAGUACAGGCCAGUGACUCAAAUUAUGACUGUGGUGACUAACUGCGUGCCUCUCCUGUGCUGUGGUGCUGUGGUGCUGUGCUGUGUUUAGAGGUGGGUGUUGUAUGCACCAUCCACCACUACCCAGCUUGCACCUGCCCUACUCUGUCCCCGUCCCCCAACCCCUGACCCCAGUAGCAGCUCCCCUCCCCCCCUCCCCCCCCUCCGGAGUACCUCAUUGAUCAAGGGAAAAUUUUUAAAAGUUACGCAUUUCAUAAUUUAGGUUCAUUAUUUUUUUUCACGUCAAGUUCAAAUUUUCCUUUUUUUUCCUGUAAAUUAUAGUAAAUUAUAAAGUUUUUCCUAAUUUUUUUUCGUGUUUUCCCAAUUGUUUACUGAAGAUAUAGUGAUGAUGUUGUUUUUCCAUUUUUUCCCCCACUAAUGAUGUUUCAGUGGUAUAUUUUCCCGUAAAUUUUGAUGUUUUUUCCUGUAAAUUUCAACGUUUCCAUAUUUUUCCUCAUUUUUACUCAAGAUGUUUUGAUGUUGGUGUUAUUUUCCCAUUUUUUCCCCAUUUAUCGUUAUUUUCCCGGUAUUUUCCCCAAUUUUUUUUCCUGUUAGUGGUAUUUCCUGUUAGUUUAUCCCCUGUUUCCCCAAGUAGGCUUUUUUCCCCUUUUUUCCCUCAGGUUAGAAUUGUUUCCCUGUUUAACUAUUUAAUUUAUUUAUUUCUCCUCGUCCUCCCUCUGUGGUUCAAAAUUUCUUUCCCUAUACAAAAAUAAUGUCCUCAAAUUCGUUUCCAUUUUCCCCUUUCUGAAAAUAUUUUAAGCAUUUUUUUCCCUUUAAUGUAAUAUAAAUUUUUCCUUAAACUCAAUUUUUUCUCUUAAAUAAAAAAAAAAAGAUAUUUCUCAGUGCAAUAUUUGAAGAAGGUAAUUAUCUCUCCCUAAUUCACCAAGCCAUUGUUAUUAUCACUGUUAUUACUCGAUAUUUUGUUGUAGAUACUGACUUUUGUAUAAACCCCCCCCCCCCCUGACACAUCCUGUCCGUAUGUCUGUGUGUCUGGCCCAUGCUGUACACUUGGGGCGUCAUAAGUCACCAAAGCGUUCACCACACCCGCUAACACGCCCUCUCUCUUAUGUCCGCCUCCUGAAACACUUACCCGCAGCAUCUUCACUAUUUUCAAAGGGGUCUAGUUGAAGUAAUGGGUUUUUAAGGGUGUUUCUGUAUAUCACGAGGACAAAUUCUCAUUUUAAAUGGGUCUAGUUGAAGUAAUGGGUUUUUAAGGGUGUUUCUGUAUAUCACGAGGACAAAUUCUCUUUUCAAAGGGAUCUAGUUGAAGUGAUGGGUUUUUAAGGGUGUUUUCUGUAUAUCACGAGGACAAAUUCUCAUUUUAAAGGGGUCUAGUUGAAGUGACGUUGGUUUUUAAGGGUGUUUCUGUAUAUCACGAGGACAAAUUCUCUUUUAAAGGGUCUAGUUGAAGUAAUGGGUUUUUAAGGGUGUUUCUGUAUAUCACGAGGACAAAUUCUCUUUUCAAAGGGGUCUAGUUGAAGUGAUGGGUUUUUAAGGGUGUUUCUGUAUAUCACGAGGACAAAUUCUCUUUUCUAAGGGGUCUAGUUGAAGUAAUGGGUUUUUAAGGGUGUUUCUGUAUAUCACCAGGACAAAUACUCUCUUUAAAGGUGUCUAGUUGAAGUAAUGGGUUUUUAAGGGUGUUUUUGGGUAUCACCAAGACAAAUUCUCUUUUUAAAGGGGUCUAGUUGAAGUAAUGGGUUUUUAAGGGUGUUUUCUGUAUAUCACCAGGACAAAUUAUCUUUUUAAAGGGGUCUAGUUGAAGUGAUGUGGGUUUUUAAGGGUGUUUCUGUAUAUCACGAGGACAAAUUCUCUUUUCAAAGGGGUCUAGUUGAAGUGAUGGGUUUUUAAGGGUGUUUCUGUAUAUCACCAGGACAAAUUCUCUUUUCAAAGGGGUCUAGUUGAAGUGACGUGGGUUUUUAAGGGUGUUUUCUGUAUUUCUAGUGACAUGUUAACAAGUUUUCUACAUUAUCAGCAGGACAAACACACUUUUUAAAGGCUCUAGUUGAAGUGACGCGGGAUUUUAAAGAUGUUUCAGUAAUUCUAGUGACAUGUUAACAAGUCCGCAUUACCAACAGGACAAAUACUCUUUAGAACUUGGCUAAUCGUCUCUGUUGGCGGAUAAACAAUUUAAUCCCCUUCGCGUGUACAAAAUGACCAUAUUUGUGACUUAUGACCCCCCCCAGUGUACCCCUCCUCCCGUCUCGACACUCCCUAAGGAAACAAAUACUACUACAAUUAAACUACCAGUGCAUGUAGAGAGAGAGAGAGAGAGAGUGAGAGAGAGAAACACAAACGGAAACUCACUCUCUCUCUCUCUCUCUCUCUCAGUGUAGACGUUAUGUUGAGAGAGAUGCGCGGUGAAGGAAAAUUCUCUCUCUCUCUCUCUUUUUUUGUCCUGUAUGUUGGCGUUAGGAAGGGUUAUGCAUGUUUUUAAGAAGAAUUAGACAUUUUUUUUCUUCCUUGACCAAUAAAACCCCAGAAAAAAAGUGAAA